CACCGGGAUCGGGAACGGCACCCGGACCGCCCCCGGGUACCGGCACCCCGCGAUCCGCGUCCAGCCCGCGUCAGUGAAGGAAAAAGGUUGGAAUUAGGAAGGCAGCAGAUGGAAUACUCAAUGGCUGAUCCACACCAGUAUUCUGUAAAGCUCCAGGGACUGAGUGCUGGGUGCUGUGGGAAGCCCUCUUCUGAAAGAGGCAAAAAAUGCAGAUAAAAAUUAGAAAAAAAAAGUCUGGACAGAGUGAGGCUGAAGCUGCAGAAGCACCUGGCAGCGGUGUUGGUGCGGCAGGAGCUGGCCCUGCAUCGGAACCAGGCCUUGCGCCGGGAGUUCCUGCAGCUGGAGGCUCACAUGGAAACCACAGGCUGGGAGAGCAUCCGGAAGAUGAAUGGUACGGAAGGGAGAUUAAAAACCUGUUAUCCCUUCGAGAGGGCAGCUUGUCACCAGGAGGUGACACGGAGGAAGGAUCCAGCGAGCAGGUGCCGCGGGCCAGAGGACAGGUGGGAAUUGGCACCAGUACAGCUGUGCCAGGAGAAUUGGGCCAUUCAGCAGCAGCCUUGCUGGGCUCCCCCACAUCAGCUGCCUCAGCCACAGGAGGUUUGGGCUCACAGCAGGAGCCCCCUCGGCGCUCCCCAUCCCCUAAGAGGCUCGGUCCCGAGACCGGGAGUGAUGCUGGAGAGAGUGAGGAAGGAGCAGCAGGACAUGGGGCUCUGGUUGCCAGUGAGGAAGGCUCUGAGCAGCUCACUUCAGUUUUUGGUGCCAAAGCAGCCCCCCCGGUGCUGGGACAGCAGCAAGGAAGUGUUCCAGGGGCAAAGUCUGGCCUGAACAGCUGGUGGGCUCGCACGGAGGGGAGCAGUGCUGAGCUCCCAGUCCCUGCCGGUGCUGAGGAGGAGGCAAGGCCAAGCAUUCCCAGCAAGCGGCAGGAGCAGGGCAGGGAUGCCUGGGCUCCGGAGGGCUCCCUGCUGCCCCCACCAAGCCCUCUGGUGGCCCAGAAGGAGCCCUUGGACAGCUCAGCACCACACAGGUCCGGUGGAACACUGGCCGAGCUCUCAGAGCUCUGCCGUGCGCUGCAGCUCCUGGAGGACCUGGUGGAGAGGACAAGCCCCUGGCAUCGGGCACUGUACCAGCACCAGCCCUCGGGGACAGCAGAGCUGCCCAGUGCUUGUCCUGGAGCCAGCGGGCUGGCUCAGGGCAACCUGGAGGUGAUGGAAGCCGUGGUGCUCCAGCAGCUCCAGGCCAUGUCCCAGUGCGCACGGAGUGGGAGCCUUCCGCUGGAGAACACCAGCGAGACCAUAGGCAGAGCAAGGCAUGCGGAACACACCAGGGACACAGACACUCUGCGGACUCUCCUGAGCCACCACGGCUUGUUCCUGAAGCAGCACCAGGUUCGGCUCCCAGAGAGGGUGGCAGAGAUGUUUGAGCAGCUGCUGGCUUCAGGAGAGGAGGAGCAGGACGGCCAGGCUGUGCCAGUGCUGAGAGAGGCCCUUCCAGGAGAGCGUGGGGAUGAGCCACCUGUCCAGAGUGAUGAAUUCUCUCUCAGCCUGCCAUUGAUCCCUACCAAUGGCAGGGAAGGAAAGCAGGGAGAACUGGCACAGAGAGAACCAGGUGGCGAUCACGGCGACAACAGUCCCGAAGGAAGCGACAGCCUGGGAACGCAUUCGGAAAGCAGCUCCUUGUUGGAUGGAAGUGCUCCUCCCUUCUCUAGGACUGAAUUGCGGAAUGAAGCAGUAACUGCCAUAAAAUCCAAAGCAUUCUGGGGCGAAUCUGACAACAGCAGCUCUGAGCUUGAGGCUGCUUUGCGCCCACAGACCCACAGCAUGGAUUCAGAUGACUUCAAUGACUUCUAUGACUGAGAUUCUUUUACUGUUUUUUGGGAGGGAAGAAACAAACUGUAUUUUCUUUUACACAAUGAGCGUGUCACAGGCUGAAGCACUGCUUGUCACUUUAUUGGCAAAGAAAAUUCAAAUAAUAAAUAAACAUAAUUAGUCCUA